AUGGAUGGCAAGGUGGCUUGUGUAGAAUGCACUCAGAAGUGUUUGCUGGAUCAUGGGAACAAGAAGAAAGCUUCACCUGAUGUUGCCUCUUUUUUCAAAGUCAUGAUUGGAGAUCGGUUUUCUAAACUUUUGUUCUUGCCUCCUAAAUUUGCUCCUACUGUCUCAGCAUUGGUUAAUCAAAAAGCUGUUCUUGAAGAUUCACUGGGGCUGCAAUGGGAAGUUAUAAUAUCCAGAAUUAAUGGCUCCCUUUCUCUUAAACAAGGAUGGAAUGCAUUUUCAUUAGACCAUGAUCUAAAGAUUGGAGAAUUUCUGAUCUUCAAUUACAUCACAAGUUCACAUUUUGUUGUUAAAAUUUAUGACAAAUCUGGGUGUGAGAAACUCAACUUUCCCGAGGCCAUAAAUCAGAAGAAAAGGACAAGGGAUAACAGAAACUAUACCUUCAAAGCUGGUCCGAGUCACACAAUUGAUAGAAGUUCAAUGAAGAAACGGGAUUCAAGAACCUCUGUUGUGUAUGGCUCAGAUGCAGAUAUAGGUCACCGCCUGCAUGAGACGAAUGACACGGGGAAAGCUCUAAUUGUCACAGAAAAUGCUUCAACCCGUGAUAAUAGUAAUGAAAGGUCAAAGCUCAAUCCCAAAGAAGCAUACAUUGAAGAAAUGAUCUGUAUGUUCGAUAGAGACGUGGGGGACAAACAAGAAGAGGACAGAACCUAUAUUUUUGAUUUGUCUGAUUUUGAAAUGUUGAAAAAGAACUCUGGCACUGGUGGAAGCAAUGAAGUAACUGCAAUGGAUGAAACAUGCACAGAUCAUGAUGAUUCAUUACUAAGAUUGAGAAAUGGAGCUGGCCCAGUUGACAAAAAUCCAGUGGCUAAAGGAGCAGUGACUACAGCAAUUCCUAUGGAUGAAACAUGCUCAGAUCAUGAUGAUUCAUUGCUAAGAUUGAUAAAUGAGGCUGGCUCGGUUGAUAAAAGUCCAGUGGCUAAAGAAGCUGUGACUGCAGCAAUUCCUUCGGAUGCAUCCAAGUUUGAAGGGAGUCGGAUAAAUAACUCUUCUGAAACCAAAGUCCAAAAUACAGCAUCACCUUCUCAUGAAGGUUUAUGUUUCUGCCAGACCUCUGGGCAUCUCUUCCCAAAAGCUGCUUUAAAACCUGAAGAAAAUGAGAACAUCUCUAAUAUUUCAAACAGAGCAAUAAAUAAAUGCCUGACUGCUGAUGGAUCAGAAUCAUUAUCAGGCAAUGAGGUGGUAAUCUCCGGAAAGGAACAUGAUUUGAUCGAUGACAGUUGCCAAAGUGCUAACAAAAAAAUUUCUGAAAUUUCAGAGUCCUUUGAUAAAAUGAUGAAGGCCAUUAAAAUAGAGUCUGUGGAGUUGACUUCAGAUCCAUGCAGUCAGAAAAUCAUUCCACAAAUAAAUGGGGAAUCAGUAAAGGUUGUCAACCCAGUGGGUAGUAAGAUUUCUAAUCUGAUUGGAACAGAAAAUGACUCUGCUGUUCCUGUGGUAAAAUCUGAACCUGUUGAUCCAGUCAUAACCUUGCCAAUCUCAUCCAGUUUCUCCUGUCAGGAGUUGCCAAUGAGGUUGCCAAUACGCAUGACCUAUAGAGGAAGGCCUAAAACGGAUAGGAGGGUAGUUUACCUUCGAGACCCAGUAAUGAGAUUGUGGCCAGUCCUCUACAUUGAAAGAAAUUACUUCAAAACACUGGCAAGCGGUUGGGAAGCUUUCAGCAAGGCAAACAACAUUCAACCAGGAGAUGAGUGUGUUAUUGGGAUUGAAAAUGGAGUUGAAGGCAUAUGCCCCGUCCAGAUAAUUAGCAAAUGAGAGAUUUAACACUUUUUUAUUUGUAUGUACGUGUGUAAUUACUACUAUUUGUACCAUCUCAAUUACCAUAUCGUGAUCCUAAGAAAACACUUUAUGUAGAGCUGCAAAACCAGCACUUAUGAACAUGCAUUAGGUUCUAAAUGGUACAGCCUAGUUUAGGUGCUCCUUU